AGAGCAAGAAUGGAAACAUAAGAGGGUUUGGAAAAAAAAAAAUUAUGGAAUGAAUGGAGGAUAUAAUGACCAAGUCCUAGUCUUCUCUCCAAUUCCAUGCAUACCAAACAAGCAAGAAAAACAAAUACUUAUAUUUAAGUAACGACUUUGAAAUUUGAUACACAUCUCCUGAGUGACACUACUCACCCAACAAAUCUUGGCCACAAUUAUGCUCAUUCAGGUGGAAUGCACUUUCAUGCUUGCUAAUUAUCUUCCAUGGCCAAAACCAAAAUCAUAACAAACCUGGAAUACCCAAAACCCAAAACUAAAAGCUCUCUUUGUCUAUGUUUCUUUGGAAGUAGUGCUUCAACAUCAGUAGGGUCAACCAACAACAUAGGAUCUCGUGAACAACGUAGCCUUAAACAAAAAAGUUGGUUCCCAUGGCAGAGGAUUGGCAAAACGGUGCCUCUACUUGAAGGCUUAGAGUUUGAUGAGAAGAAGAAGAAGAAGAAGAAAAAGCACCCCAAACUCAAAGUUUCUUAUAACAAAGUUCAAUAUUCAUCAUCAAAGUGGAGGUCAAAGUCAAACCUACACAACAAGUAUCAACAAGCACACCCUACUCCAACCCCAACCCAGAAGCAACCGCUGAUUCCUCACAUAGCACCCAAUCAACCACCCUCAAAUUCACAGUUUCAGACAUCUCAACCAAACAGAGAAAACAAAGCCUUAGAGAACGAAACUUGUCAGCAAAGUGGCUCGUCUCCCACAAUAGCAGCCGCCACUGCCACGUCACAUUCAGAUCUAGGCCCAGCUUCAAAACGGCACGUGCAGCGCAUGGGGCCUCAAACGACACCUAAACAACACGGGAAGCAUCAAAACGCAAACAGACAGUAUAGUCCUGUGGUUGGCGCUUGGGCGGUUAUUGUGACGCUGGUAAUACUGUUAUUGUGGGGUCGUUUAUGUGCCAUAGUUUGCACCUCUACGUGGUUGUAUUUUGUACACCGUUUUAGAUUGGUGCAGGAAAACGACGUCGUCGUAGAGAGUUCAAAGGAGCUGGAUUUGGAUUCAAAUUUGUACAAAAAGAAAGUGGUUUUGGAAGGUCUUCUUGAGAGAAAUCACUCUUGUGUGCUGUAAUAGUUAAUAGUCAUAGACUCAUUGUCUAUGGAUUUGGAUGUGGGGGCAUUGCUGUCGUUGUUUAAUGGCGUUGGUGUAAAAAAAAAAAAGGAAGAAUAUGCCGAAUUCUAUUUAUUAAUUUAAAUAUUUUAUGUAUAUAUAUACUUUUAUAGCGUUGCUACACUAUUAUUUUGUCCAAAUUCAUUUAAGUAGGUCUAACUUUAACAAAAAUUAUUAUCAUUAAGGCUGCGUUUAUUUGCUUAGACAUGGACACUGAUAUAUAGACACGGUGGUAUACGUUUAUUGUUUGUUUGCUGAGACACAAUUUUUGAACGGACACGGAUGAACACGGUGGUACAC